GUGGAAUUCUUAUUAUGAUGCUUUGGUAGAAGUUGAAAGCUUUUUAACCAAAAACAGAGAUAACCUUGCUAUAACUUUUGAACACUUCAAACUGAAGAAACUCACUAGUGUGGAAGAGGAAUUUUUGAGGGAAUACAUAAAGAUCAUGAAGCCACUUACUCAAGCUCUUGACGUCUUUCAAAAUGAGGAAAAUAUGUCAGUUAGAUGUGUUCUUCCCGUCCUCUCGUUAUUGAAGGAAAAGAUCAUUGAGUUCAAAGAAGACAGAAACAUCAUACACUGCGCCGCAUUUGUGACCAGUCUGUUAAAUGGCAUAGAAAAAAGGUUUCGAUCAUUCCACGAAAACAACAGUUUCCGUCUUGCAUCUAUAAGUGACCCCCACUUUAAAUUCUCGUGGGUUACCGAGGAACAGAAAAUUGAAGACAUAAAACUCCUUAAACAAGAAGUUAACAGACGCAUCAGCAAUUUGGCAAAUGAAAGCAUCGAGGGUGACGACGCAACCACAGCACAUUUAAGUGGAACUUCUUCAUCACCUAGGAAGAGGUCUCGGUUCUUGGAUGGAUUGCAAAGGAAAGCUUCAAUAGAACUAAACGAAGUGGAUCGCUAUAUCAAUGAUGGCUGCGGUGUUCUUGAGGAUCUCAAUCGCUACCCAACAAUCAAGCAAAUAUUCAUAGAGUACAAUAGUGCUUUGCCAUCUUCUACAGCGUGUGAACGUCUCUUCAGUACUGCAGGGUGGAUUUUUGUACCAAAGCGUACAAAUUUAUCAGAUGCUAAAUUUGAUAGAUUGGUUUUUCUGAAACAAAACGGAAAAUCUUCGAGAAACUGGAAGACUAGUCCUUCUAAAACCAAUUAGGGCAACCAUUUCUGUUUUAAACUUCUAACUUUUUAAGCCAUUAAGGCAUUAAGUAAGAAUAAAUAAGGAUGCAAUCCUUAAAACAAUUAAGCCUUUUUUGUUGAAACAAGAAAUGUAAUGUAUUUCAUUAAAAUACACGUGUUU